AUGCCCGGAUGUAUGACGAAUGCAGUGCAGCUGAUGAAUUUUACUGUAAGUGGCCAUUUUCUGGGAAAAACAGCAGUAAAAAUACGUUUACUGGGCGCAGAUGAGGUGCUAUCGGACGAAGACCGAUCUCUUCACGAAAUACCAAAAGAAGAAAUGGACUUCCAUCGUAGUAGCCUGCUGGACGUUUGGGUUAUCCAGGAUAGCAAGCGACUUGUCAAUCGAUUGUUUCUAUCAUCGUUGGUUAUUCUGAUCGUCAUUGCGAAUGUAUUGAUGGGUUGCGAG